CCCUGGGACCGGCGGGCGGCCCCGGGGAGCCUCCCACGCACCCACACCCACGCGCCCCUUUUGUGUUGCAGGCUGCCCCUCCACGAGCAGAGGCAGCGGGAGGACGCGCGCGCCCGCACGGGUCCACGCGGGCAGAGCCGCGGGGACGGACACCGGCACCCCCGGGUCCUGCCUCCAGGGAAAACACGAAAACGAGAACCAGCAAGAGCUUGAGUGACAAACGCCUGGCUUGAGAUUGGAAGACUGUUUGCCUAUUGCUUCAUUCCUCGAAAUUGCAUUACAACUGCCAGAUUAAGAUAAAAAGAAUCUGAAAGAAAGAAUACCCCAGAAUUCCUAACAGAACAAUUCACCUGAACCUAAAAUGGUGAGUGAGAGUCAUCAUGAGGCCCUGGCCGCCCCGCCAGUCACCACUGUUGCAACUGUUCUAUCACAUAAUGCCACAGAGCCAGCCAGUCCUGGGGAAGGAAAGGAAGAUGCCUUUUCUAAGCUGAAGGAGAAGUUUAUGAAUGAGUUGCAUAAAAUUCCAUUGCCACCGUGGGCCUUAAUCGCCAUAGCCAUAGUCGCUGUCCUUCUAGUCCUGACCUGCUGCUUUUGUAUCUGUAAGAAAUGUUUGUUCAAAAAGAAAAACAAGAAGAAGGGGAAAGAGAAAGGAGGGAAGAAUGCCAUCAACAUGAAAGAUGUGAAAGACUUAGGGAAGACCAUGAAAGACCAGGCUCUAAAGGACGAUGAUGCUGAAACUGGAUUGACUGAUGGCGAAGAAAAGGAAGAGCCCAAGGAAGAGGAGAAAUUGGGCAAACUUCAAUAUUCACUGGAUUAUGAUUUCCAGAAUAACCAGCUGCUGGUAGGGAUUAUCCAGGCUGCCGAGCUGCCCGCCUUAGACAUGGGGGGCACAUCUGAUCCCUAUGUGAAAGUGUUUCUGCUGCCCGAUAAAAAGAAGAAAUUUGAGACAAAAGUCCACCGAAAGACCCUUAAUCCUGUCUUCAAUGAGCAAUUCACUUUCAAGGUGCCGUACUCAGAACUGGGAGGCAAAACCCUGGUGAUGGCUGUGUAUGAUUUUGAUCGUUUCUCCAAGCAUGACAUCAUUGGGGAAUUUAAAGUCCCCAUGAACACAGUGGAUUUCGGUCAUGUAACUGAGGAGUGGCGCGAUCUGCAAAGUGCGGAGAAGGAAGAGCAAGAGAAAUUGGGCGAUAUUUGCUUCUCCCUUCGCUAUGUCCCAACUGCUGGCAAGCUGACUGUUGUCAUUCUGGAGGCAAAGAACCUGAAGAAGAUGGACGUGGGUGGCUUAUCUGAUCCCUAUGUGAAGAUCCAUCUGAUGCAGAAUGGCAAGAGGCUGAAGAAGAAAAAGACAACAAUUAAAAAGAACACACUUAACCCCUACUACAAUGAGUCAUUCAGCUUUGAAGUACCCUUUGAGCAAAUCCAGAAAGUGCAAGUGGUGGUAACUGUUUUGGACUAUGACAAGAUUGGCAAGAACGAUGCCAUCGGCAAAGUCUUUGUGGGCUACAAUAGCACCGGGGCGGAGCUGCGACACUGGUCAGACAUGCUGGCCAACCCCAGGCGACCCAUCGCCCAGUGGCACACCCUACAGGUAGAGGAGGAAGUUGACGCCAUGCUGGCGGUCAAGAAGUAAAGGAGAGAAGCCUUUCUGCGUUUGCCCACAUAGUGCUCUUUAGCCAGUAUCUGUAAAUACCUCAGUAAUAUGGGUCCUUUCAUUUUAUCCAGCCAUGCAUUCCUAACACAAUCCAGUGGUACUUCAAAUCCUGUUUUAAUUUGCACAAAUUUAAAUGUAGAGAGCCCCUAAGCCCUUCAUCAUGCCACUGCCCUCCAAAUCUACUCUUCUUUUAAGCAAUAUGAUGUGUAGAUAGAGCAUGACUGAAAUUAUUUAUUGUAUCACACCGUUGUAUAUACCAGUAUGCUAAAGAUUUAUUUCUAGUUUGUGUAUUUGUAUGUUGUAAGCGUUUCCUAAUCUGUGUAUAUCUAGAUGUUUUUAAUAAGAUGUUCUAUUUUAAAUUAUGUAAAUUGACUGAGAUAUAGGAGAGCCGAUAAUAUAUUAUAUGGUAAAUAUAGUAUUGUCUGCAUUCCAGCAAAAAUAUCAACCUGUAAGGCACUAGUACAGUGAAACUGACAUCUUAAAGGACAACUUAAACCUGAGCUUUCUAUCGAUCAUUUGAGUACCAAGAUACACUCACGCCACAUAUUUGGUGGGUGAAUCCAAUUUUGUAGAAUUUCUUCACAGGCAAAUUAGCAUGAUCUGAGCAGCAUCCAGACUGACCUCCAGGAAACAUAGCCACAAACUAGAACAGCGUCUGUCUGUACGUACAUCUACAAAGCUAAAACCAGGGCUUCACUCUGACAUUAGAGGAAGCAACUAACAGGAGUCCGUGAUUUCACAUUACUGCAUAUAGAGUAACAACGUGACGGUGUUCGUGUGCGUGUGUGCGUGUGCAUGGGUGUGUGUGUGUGUGGGUGCAUUUGUUCGGGGAUGGGGCGGGUGGGAAGAAGCUGAGGGCAGAAGUCAGCAUUUCUGAAAUAUUGCCUGACUAUUUAAAAAGAAAAAAAAAAGUAGCUCUCCGUUAUCACCUUUAUACAAAUGUGCAUCCUGCGAAUUCUGUUCCGGAUUUCAUACCUAUAAUUCCAAAAGGUUUGCACAUUAGACUUUGUAACGAAAUAUUUUAUUACACAAAACCAUAUUAGAAGGAAUGCAGAAUAUUUUUAACACAGCAAUCUGUGCUUAUUACACAAAAGUACUUUGUGGUAAACAGUAUUGUAAUCCCAUCAGAAGAUGAAGAAACAAACAAUUAGCCAUAGUUCUGAAUGCACUUCGAUUAAGCCAAAACAGACAGCUAGUGAUCUUUUUAUAUGCUCUUUUUACUUCAAUGAGUUUUAAUUUGUCCUUUAAAAAACAAAGGUGAAACAAAUACCAAGAACAAGUUCUAGCAAACUGAAGCAACCUCUUAUGUACACUAGAUGCUUGAUUUAGGAGGAGUUUUUAAAUGUUUUCAAUGUCAUUAUGUAGUAAAUGGCACUAUUAUGAAGCUACUAGUCAUUCCAUAAGAGUCUUCAAGGACUGCUCUGUGUAACACUGUGACUGCCGUGUGUGCUUAGACACGUAGUUUCCUCAGUGGAUAGCACUCAAUUUAUUCCGUAGUGAUGUUGUAACAAUACUGCCAUUCCCUUCUACUGCACUGCCCAAGGUGUGUGUAGCACAAACAGUUCUCAUUACAAAGGACCAAUUCAGAACUGAGAAGCUAUGCAUAGGACAAGAAAGAUACAUAGGCCGGGGUGGGACACGCAGCAUUUUGUCAAGCACUGUGCAAUAUUCCAUACUUUUUCCCCACUAUGCUAGACAACCCCUCUGUGGAAGGGCAGCCCGUUAUCUCACGCCGCCUCCGCUGGCUUCUGGGGCCCCUUUGAACGCCUAGGCCAAGUCGGCGGCGAGGCCCUGAGUGAGGGUUCAUCCCCACGGCCACCAAAACAGAACGGAGGGGAAGCAGGCGUCAGCCUGGUGUUCAGAUAUUAGGGUAUCAGGCCACGUUCUUUAAGAACUACAGAGAGCUCCAAAAGGGCUGACGGGAGGCUUCCCACAUGGGGUUGGCUGUUUCCCGGUGAAACUAGAAUUCCCCGUCCUUAUUCUUUUCUCAUCAAAGAAGAGGCAAGCCUUUGGCCUUCCGGCCCGGUCACGGCCAUCUCAUCGGGGCUGGGACAGACGCCUCUCCCUCUUCUGUGGAUGGUCCAUCCUUUCUUAAAAACCCCAGAUAACGGAAGACGCACAAGUCACGAUGUGAGAUUAAAUAUCAGUUUGAGCAGAAGAGUCCAAUGACGAUCUUCCCAGUCGCAAAGACCAAACCCAACUGAAGGGAGAGAGUCGGCCAACUUGUAAAAGUUCCUUCGGCAUCACAAACUGACAUUUAAUUUCACCAUAUUCAGCUUCCAGUUGUUCACACUGAGCCACCACUAAGGCAAGCAGGUUCGAGCCGCCGAAUACCCAUUAGUUCUCGCAUUAAACUACUACUAAUGCAUUCUCUUGCAACACUGCCAGACAUGGGACUGUCACCACGGAGUUAGCGGGGGCCGUGCCAUGUCUCACACGUCAGUGACCGAACCUGCUUGAAGACCAAGACUCAUCCUCAGAUACGCCACGUGUACCUUUCUGACAAAGCUGUGUCGAUUAUUAGAAGCUGAUGCUCUAGAAAGAUCCUAGUUGCCUUUGUGUAUAUUUACUGCCUGCUUGAGUGUUUCUAUGUGUGGGUUUCCUCUGUACCUUGUAGAAAUGUUGGGGUGUUCUCCUCUGCCAUAUGGCUCGUGGCCCGCGAGCCAACUACUUUAGCUGUAUUUACCUUCAUUUUUGAUGAGGUGGUAUCAAUUUUGUUUCACUUUGUGUAGUGGCCCCACAGUAGUUUUCUGAUUGUUGUUAAAAAAAAAAAAUGACUUAACAUAUUACAUGGAUAUUCAAUAAAAAUGUUUUAUUUCCUGUUGA